AUGUUGGGCUUUCCAGAUCCUUCGUGCGGUUCGAACCUGAACCUCGCGUCCGGGACGUCCUCGCCGUUGAUCAGCGCCAACUAUCCCGGAAAUUACCCGUCUUUUCACUAUUGCUCGUGGAAGUUCACGGCCCGCAACCACCUCCCUGCAGUAAGUCAACGUAGCGAUUCUCCCGACAUCCUCGCCGGAAAACGCUGUCGCUUCAUGGAAUCUCGUUCGGUAGAUUGCGGGGUCUCCCAGAGUGGGGGAGGAGCAGGUCGGAGGAGCGGGAUGAGCAAGAGGAGCGACCCGGCGUCGGGCAUCGACCGGAUCAUCGGAGGCACGCCCGUUCCCUCUCAGCUCAAAUAUCCCUGGAUGGCGUGGAUGGUGAACGCCUCGGGGCAAUUCACGUGCGGGGGAUCCCUCAUCAACGACCGAUACGUCCUCACCGCCGCCCACUGCGUCUCGUCCAAUCCGUCGGGGACCUUCAUGGUGACGCUGGGAGACCUAGACAGAUCGACUUCGACCGAGAGUCGUUCGAUCCAGGUCGCGGCAACGGCCAUCGUGCAUCCGGGGUUCGACGCGCCUACUUCCCUCAAUAACGACGUCGCUCUCCUGAAGCUCACGACUCCCGUCGACUUCAACGCGAAUCCCAACAUCAGGCCCAUCUGCAUCUCGUCCGCGGCCGUUCCGAAUCCGGGGGACACGGUCACGAUCGCCGGGUGGGGUCGCGUGGCGGAACAACAAGAUCCAGUCUCCUCGGUGUUGCUGGAGACGAACGCGACGGUGAUCGAUUCGAAGACUUGCCAGAGCUGGUUCGGAAACGACGCGAAUGACAAUUUCUUCUGCGCGCAGAACGCGGGGAAGAAUAUUUGCAACGGAGAUGCUGGUGGACCGGUCAUGUUCCGGACUUCAAACGGAACCGUCCUGAACGUGGGGAUCAACUCGUUCGUCAUCAAGGGAUGUUUCACUCAAUUCGGAGGAGCCUACGUCAAAACAGCGAACUACGUGGACAGCUUCAUCAAGAGCAACACGGCGGACGCGCUGUGGUGUCCGGCGGCCUGAUCGUUUCCUUCGUUUUCCGCGUGUUCUUUUCGUUUUCAGACUUUUCGUCCUGGGAAUUGGUCGUGCGAUGUGCAUCUUUUUUUUCAUCGAGAGUGAAUUAUAUUCUUUUCUUUCUUCCAGCAAGCG